UUUUUUUUUUGCAUUAAUGUUAUAGAAACUAAGGACGAUCACAGGUCUUCAGUCUUCAAAAUCUUUUUUUUUGUUUGUUUGUUUUUUUUGCUUCUACCUCAUCCCACUUGAUGUCCCACCACAAGACAACACAAAAGUGAGGAUUGAAAGGCAGGGUCACAUUCCCUGUUGGUUGUCUCCCCACCAGUGACAUCAUGGUAAACUAUGGUUUCAGAGCUGAAGAAGAAACAGGAAGUCUACACCCAGGUGCCAGUAAAAGUGAAACUAACUUAAAUUGUGAUACGCCGAAGCAGACAACCAGCAAAGAAACCAACACGAUGGCCUCAAAAGUCUCUCAAUCGGAAGUGGAGUGCACCUGUCCCGUGUGCUGUGAUAUAUUUAAUGAUCCCGUCGUGUUGCUGUGCGGUCACAGUUUCUGUAAGUACUGUCUUCAGGAGUGGUGGAGACAGAGCAGCCAGAAGACAUGUCCGGUCUGUAAAGAGAUGUUUCCAAUGCCUCAGCCACCGCGCAACCUGGCGCUGAAGAAUCUGUCUGAGGCCCUGAGACAAGAGAGGAGUCAGACAUUGGUAUCGAGAUCUAACGAGUUGUGCCUCCUGCACAAUGAGAAGCGCAAACUUUUCUGCCAGAACGACGGACUACCCAUCUGUUUGGUUUGCAAGGAAUCUAAAGCACACAAACAACACAGCUGCAUUCCCAUCAAUGAAGCAGCAGAGGACUACAGAGCUGAACUCAGGAUCAAGCUGGUAAAUCUACAAAGUAAACUGGGAUCAUUUGGGAGUAAAAAACUCACCUAUGAUAAAAUGGCCACCCACAUACAGCUCCAGGCUCAACAGACGGAGAGGGAGAUCAGUGCUGAGUUUCGGAAACUUUACCAGUUCCUGCGAGCAGAGGAGGCUGCAAGAGUAGAUGCAUGUCGGAAAGAAGCGGCACUGAAGAGUGAAGCAAUGGAUGUGAGGAUUCUCAACUUGACUGCAGAGAUUGGUGAACUCAAACAAAAAAUCCAAACCAUAAAGAAGGCGUUGGGAGCAGAAGACCUCGCUUUUCUGCUGAAUCUCAGAAAAACAAUGAAAGGAUCUGAGUUCAAGCUGCCAGACCCAGAGACUCCAUCAGGAGCACUAAUGGAUGAGGCUAAACAUGUUGGGAACCUGCAGUUCUCAGUCUGGAAAAAGAUGGCAGAUAAAAUACAAUACACUCCAGUUACUUUGGAUCCAAACACCGGUGGCUCAUCUCUGAUUGUAUUAGAGAACCUGACUCGUUCAACAACAAGUAUAAAGGAACUGCAGUUUCCUUUCAAUCCUGAGAGGCUGAACUUUAACGACAUUCUCGGCUAUGAAGGCUUUACCUCUGGGAAACACUGCUGGGAUGUGGAAGUGGGUGGUUACUGGGCUGUAGGUGUGGCUAAUAAAACUAAAACUCAAACUAGGAGUUGGUGUUCCCAUGAGAUCUGGGCCAUCUACAUGUGUGUUUGCGGCAAUAUUCUGCGUCAGCUUACCCCGGAGGAUUACGUAACAGAAGUAGCCAAAGAUUUUAUUCCACAAAAAUUAAGAAUAGAGCUCGAUUAUGAUCAAGGAAUACUGACAUUCUUUGACCUUGGCCGGAAAAAGCUAGUUCACACCAUCAAAUAUACUUUCACAGGAACACUUUUUCCAUAUUUUCGUGAGAAUGCAAAGAUUUUGCCGGCUGAAAUGUCAGUUGGCAUAAAAACCCCCAGAAAUAGAAUCUGGAAAACAUUCAAGGCUAAAUAACAAGAUGAAGCUUUAACCUGCCUUAUUUUGGGACAUGGUUGAUUUAGAUCUUAAAUAUGUUAAAAACAGACUUGUAAACUUGCAAAUUUUAACUAUUCACACAAUUUGCCUUUGUUUUGCUUUUUAUCAUUAUCAUUUAUUUUAUAUUUUAGUCAUUGUUCAUAGUACAUGUUCAGAGGAUCUGUCUUUUUUAUGUAUGUAUAUAAAAAAACCACACAAUUCAUCUUGGUAGCAUCACAAGAUGUUUGCUCCCAAUUUUAAAAGAAUCCAGGUGUGUUUAUGUAAAUAUUUAGUGUAGCCUAAUAAAUCUAGUUUAUACAAAUCAGAGUCCAAUUUGUACUUAUAAAUGGUUUUUGUAAUAUUUACUAAAGUUUCAGAGCAAGCUGGGCCAAUUAGAAAUCCAGGAGCAGGCAGUCCACUAGUGAGAGCGCCUGCCAGGCAGGUGCACCCUGUACUGGUUUCCUGUUUCAGGGAAGGAGAGCACCUGUCGGUCAAACAGUGACGUUCCACUUAAGCCUCCAGUUCUGGGAAGCAGCCCGAGCACCUUAGUACCAAAAACAUCUUAUUUUCUCUCUGGUGUUGUCAGGUUUAAAGGAGUGUUUCACCUUUUUUUUUUUUCACUAUGUUACUGUGUUAUUUUUAGAAGUCAUGGAAAAACAGGAAAUAACACUAAGCAAAAACACUUUUUAAGUAAUCAAAUAUUCACCUUGACUGCUUUUAAAGCGAGGAAAAAACACCAUCGCUACACUGCAAAAUAUUUUAGUCUGUACCCCCAGGAAGUUAAGUUUUACUGGUUAAUUGGCUGUUGAAGGAAAUUGUAAAGUAAAUAGUAAGCUGUGGGUGUCUGCUGUUCUUCUAAUGACAGUUUUGGUUUUAAAUGGGUUUCAGGCUAAAUAGUUG